GCCAAUUCUACGACUAAUAUUUAUUUUAAGGAAAAAAGAGAAAAAAAUGAGAAUUUUCCACUGAAUUUAAAUGACACAUGUUCGAUGCGUUUUCGAGACCAGGAAACAACAUGCUCUUAUAAAAGGUUUCCAAUGAUUUAGAGCACAUUCAUUGUAUGACUGUGUGGGCCACAUCUUGCCAUCAUGCGGCUGAGGAGGGAAGAUCCGGGCGGCAGCUCUCCAGAAGACAGUACGGAGUAUAAGACUGCAGUAAAGUCUGUGAUAUGGUGUGAAAUUAAGUCCUUGCUGCAGAAACUUGCUGCUGUGACAGGGGAAGAGUCGAUUGUGAUCAGUACAAACCUAACUGAGGGUACAUACUCACACCUAGGCUCGUUCCUAGGACAGGAAUACCUUGAUGAUCGGGAAGAUCACAUCCUCAGUCUGUGCACAAGCUUUUCGCAGUUCUGUUCAGGACUUCAGAACCAUGCUGUGGUUCUUCAGGAGCCAGAAACAGUUUUUAAAGAAAAUGAGAGAGAGGGGCCAUCCCCAGGUCCCCAAAUGAACCCCAGAAAGCGGCCCCUGACCCCUGAUACUGGUACCCACACCCACCAUCAUAAGAGGAAGUCGACACACCCUCAUUCGUUACAUGGGAAAUCUGACCAGACUGCUCACUUUGAUAAAUGUUUUAUGAACCAGUCUAGAAGUGCUGAUAUUGAUUCUGUAAACCAGUCUGAUGGAACUGUUAACCAGUUCGGCAAAUACGAUACAGAUGCUGUUGGAAAAUCUUCGAAACAAAAGUUCUCAGUUGGGCAGAUCUUCAAGAGUAUUUCUAGUCAGAUUGAAAAACAGAUUAACAAGGGCUCAACAUCGUCUGUCUGGAUUAAAACUGAGCCAGUGGAUGAGUUCACUAUUAUGAGUGAAAAUGGAGACUUGUCGGACAGUAUUUCAGGUCGGAACUCUGAGAGCUUAUCGCCAAGUGAGCAAACAUCGCCUCAACAAAGUAUAAUCAAUCGGCCAAUGUCCCUUAUUCCGCUGGGUAAUAUAAGAAAGAAGACAAGCCCACUGAGUAAGCAUAUUAAAGAAGAAACUUAUGAGAAGGAAGAGGUUCAGCCAUUGCCGAAAACAAAUGAAGAAAACUUACCUACAAAAUCCAGCAUCUUGAGGUCGCUGUACGAGCAGCCUUUGUAUCAGUUUGGUGCUUACAUGACUGGAAAUGAUUCCGCGAAAAAUGAGGAGCAGCAAGUUUUGAAUUUGCCACAGAAUCUUGAAGAAAAUUUUGAAACAUUUCCUCAAAGCUCAGAAAACCCUGUCCUCUCAGGUUUUUACGAUUCCGACAACUAUCCCAGGUACAAGCAGAGGAAAAAUCCAGUUAAGAAAUCCAAGACGAAAGACAAAGCCACAUCACUGCUGGGUCUCGAAGAAUCUCCAUCUACUCCGACAAACUCUACAAAAGAUAACCUUCACAUGAGGACAUUUGAAUCUGGGGGACGUCUGGUGUAUGCUUGUGAUGUUUGCAAGAGGGAACUAUCUCAUUUGACAAGUUACAGACGCCAUAUGAAGCUGCAUACGAUGGAGCGGCCCCAUAAAUGCCCAGUCUGCUUAAAAGGCUUUAUUCGAAAGUACCACUGCAUUGAUCACCUUAAUAAGCAUCACAAAGGUGUAGAGUUUUGCCCCGAAUCUCUCUUGCUCACGGGGGCUAGUCGAGAGCUUUAUGGAGGUCCAGUAAACACAGACCAGUCAGCAUUAUCUGAUAGCCACAGCAUUUCACCUGGAGAGUUCAAUUACACUCUCGACCAAUCAUUGGAGGCCUCCUCAGAUCCUGACCAAUCUGUGAAUGCGGAUAUCAGCAUUGACCAAUCAGCUUCGAGUAUUCUGUCCGAGUUGGCAAGAUCAGCAGCCAAAGAGAACAUCCAGGUUAAAGAAGCUUCAAAUCUGCCAGAGGUAAUCAAAACUAAAGGUAUGGACAUACAGAAUGAAUCGGCUGAAAUGUUAAAAUCUGCAUACAAUGAUAUAGAAAGUAAGUCAAUAGAAAAUGAAGCAGAAAUUCAGCUCAACAAUGAUUCUGCCACCCUCAAGGCAGGAAAUGGUUCCAUGGCUAGGAAAUAUGAAGUUGCAGAAGGAAUAAAGGCUAUUGUUGCUCACCUCAAGAAAAAGAAGCAGUUAAAAGACACAGAGCAAGAAUCAGCAGACCACCUUGGUCAUAGUGUGGAAUAAUCACGGAUACAAGUGUACAAAAGUCAAUUUGAAGACAUCUUAAGAUGAUUGGUAUAAGGAAGGGGAACAGUUUUAAUGUACACUUGAAUUGUCUUCUUAUGGGAUUUCCGUUAUUUAGAUUGGCUCAAUUUCAGCCAUUGUUUCAUAUUUAAGCGUAGAUUUAAAUGAGCAGAUAUGUGUACUGACAAUCUUCAGAUAUAUUGUACAAACUUGUCAUUUUGUUGUUUUCUGGACUUACAUUGUUGGUAUGUCAGAUAUUUUUGUAAACAUUGCUAAAUUUCUUUUUCAAUGUGUGCAAGAUUACACUUAGAUUGAAGAAUUUAUUUGUUAUACUACAUUUUUUUUCUAGUCAGAAAUUACUCAUUGUUAUGUGGGUUCAUAUUUAUAAUUGUUCUUUCUUUUUUGCGAGUCAUUUCUGUGUGCAAUGUGGAAAUAUUGGUCAACUUUUUAGAUAACUUCUAGUCUAUUUUUGCGUGCAAAUUUACAGUUGUUUUUCUUUAUUUUUUAUUGUUAUUUAAUAAAUUGUAUUUAGCAUUUAUCAAAUACAGGUGCUUUUAAUUAAAACUUAUCUCGCUCAGUAUAACAACUAACUUUCAUACAUACAUGUAUUUUUAAAAAAAAUCAAAAGGUUAGAAAAAAAAUCAAAAGAUUAGAAUUAUUACUUGUAGUUAUAUUGUUAUGGUUAUCUCAUUAAAUAUUUAAUUAUGAAUUAUAAUUAAUGUGUUAAUUUACUAUUAUAAAUAUAAUUAUUUUCCAGAUGUGGUUCAUUUUUGUCUUUCUCUUAGUUUGAAAGCAUCCUGCAAUAUUUCUUGCAGUAUUUCAGCACAAGGCCUUGCACUUUAAGAAAAAACAAAAGCACUUAUUAUGUUGCUUAUUGCUUAGGUAAAUAAAAUCUACUCCUGUGGCUGCUGUAUUCAAUAAGCAUCUUAGUGAAUAUUUUCAACUUACAAUCAUUGAAAUUAGACUUUUGGAUGAACAAGCCCGAAUUCCUAUACUAUAGCUUGGCAUCAAAUUUUUAAACAAGCCAUGCUAUAUAAAAUUCAAAAUUUGAACAAGCCCGGAAGUCAUUUUACCAGUGCAGGGCUUGCGGGCUUGUGUUAAUUUGGACCACUGAACUUAGUGAGAAUUUCAUAAUUUUUGACAUCAAUUAUUGUAAAUACCCGCUACUUUUCAUCAGAUUUAGUCAAAAAAUUCAUAUUUUUGCUGUACAAACAUUGUUCGGUUUCUAAAAAUUCAUAUUAGAAAAAGGCGAAGUUGAAAGUUGUUACUAAGAUGCUUGCUGAAUACGGCCCCUGUUCAUUAAAAUUACUAUUAGAUUAUUUUUUGUCAAUUUCCUUUUACAUUUUCAAGCUCAAUUUGUUUGUCUAUCUUGCCAACAUGUAUUCUUCAUGGUAAUUAUUCGCUGUAUCCUGGCGAUGGUGGGUGUUAUAUAAACUAGCAGGCAUUAACUUUGUCAGGAAACUUAUUAUAUAAUUUUUUAGGAAUAUGUGCUACUUUUCUUGCAAUUUACAAGUCAGAAAUAUUCUUUUUGUUGAAAGUAUUCCUGUAUGGAUAUGGUCUUUUUCCCAUUCUAAUUUGAUUUUCACAUUUUGGCGCACACAUUUUUUUCUUUAGUUUUGUUUUAAAAUAGAAUUUACUCUGUAAAAAUCUUAGAUAAUGUAAUGUCAUGUUUCGCCAAUUUUUAAAUCUUUUAUAAUUUCAUGAAACAAAUGUGAUCUCACUGUUGAAAUAAUGUUAAAACAUGUUUUUUAAUGUGGCGCUAGAUUUAUUUAAUGUUAAACCAUUGAGGAUAGAAAUUGAAUUGUUGCUGUUGUCUGCCUUUUGGCUGUAGUUAUGAAAUAGUGUUUUUCGAAAACAUAGAUAGUCAAUCGUGUUAUUCUAGUCAUAAAUGAUAAUAUACUCAAAUGCAUUAAAAGUAGAAAUACUUCUACAGUAUUACUCAAAUCAGUGAAAACUAGUCUGUUAAGUUAUAUUCUUGUCAAAUCUGAUAUACUCAAACAUAGUUAAUUGUUUUAUGUAAAAACUUGCCAAUCAAUCUGUGUUGUUUUACAGGUAUAUGGUAAUUUGUUGAGAUUAAAUAGAGAACUUGUUGUAGUUAAUUGUAUUGUCAUAGUUUUUGUUUUCUGGUCAGCACUAAAAGUAUUAUAAAUCUAGUCAAUAUAAUACAUAUAUUUUUUUUUUCAAGAAAACAUUUUUUUGUGUGUGUUUUUUUUAAUGGAAAUUGAAAACAUUGUGAUUGGAAAUGAUUGAGUUUACAUAUUUUAUGGAAUAUUAUCUCGCUGUGUUCUAUUGUGGUAUAUAUCCAUUUGCUGUAGGAUUAUGCAUACAUGUAUUGCUUCCAUUAGAUACAUUUCUUCCUGUGUUUUAUCUACAAAAGUAAUAGCUUAGCUUGUUAACAAAAUUAUUAAGAAAUGAUAUAUGCGAUAUCUAAUGCAGGGAUCGAAUGAUCACUUUUUUUAAAUCACUAUUUUUGAGUAGUUAUAACAUCUAUUUUAAAACUAUUAAGAGCUUUACCGUGCAGUUGAGGCAAAGUUUAUUUAAUUUGCAAGUAACACUUUAAAUUCAAUUUGUUGCAUUCGCUUAAUAUUCAAUUAUUGAAAUUCUUGAUCCUGCUAUAUUUUGUUUAGCGAUCAGUGAUAGUGUGGCCGAAGCGUUAAAUAAGUAAAACCUGAAUAUAGACAUGGUUAUUUUAAUUCCUUAUUUCAUAUGCAUUGAUUCUACAUACAGCAUUUGGAUUUCAAGUAAUCUUGCCGACAAUUUGGUGCUGAAAUAUAGAAGACUACCUCAUGUAAACAGUCUUGCCAAUGUCAGUAGAGGGAAGUAUAAAAAAACAGUGGGUCAGGAGCUUUCUGAUAUUUCACACAUAGAUUUGGGAGAUGUUAUUGUAGCAUUUUAGUGGUGGAAAUUCAAUCCAAAGCCCAGUGCUGUGAAAAUGCUUUCUGGGCCUGCUCAAAUUCUCAAUUACAUAUAGCAGGGCUUUUUAUUUAUUUUUGCUAAAUUCCAGUUAAGUAGUCCAUUUUUGUAAUAAGGUUAUUAAAAAGAAAUUGUGUAAGGAGGAUAAGCAGAUGUGUGGUGGCUACCAGCCCCGUAUACAAAUGGGAAUUAUAUGUUCUUUUACCUAAGACAUUGACAAAUAAACAUUUUGACUAUUUUUGACUAUUUGAACUAAUGGUUACUCCUAAUGGGCUACUUUUGGGACUGCUAAACUGGAUGGUUCCCAGCCAAGUUGAUGCUAAACAUAAGUGUAAGAACUUGAUUUGUUGAUCAUGAAGUCAUAUUUCAUUGACAAGCAUUUAUGUAUGUUAACAUGUGUUAUUAGUGCUCAUUUUAUGUACAGUAAUUUGUACCCACUUUAAGUGGAAGUCUUAAUGUGCAAGAUAAUUCUUGCAAUGCAUUUAUAAUCUGUAUUUACAAAUAAUCUGAAGUUUUCAUCAGUAUAUCUUUUUCUGAAUAUUAUAAAAACUUUCAUCAUCUUUAUUAUUUUCUUUUGAUGGAAACACAAUUCUAUUUUUACCACCUAAAUAAGAAUCGAUGUAGAAUAAACCAGCUUAUCAAAAAAGCUUACUAAAUUGUGUUUGAAAAAUAUACCAUUGAAGUUUACUCUUCAAAAUUUUCAAACAAACAUUUUGUAAAUGUAUUGUUUUAUGUCUUAAAUUCUGCUUUUAUUUGACAUGUAUGAUAUAGUGACUGUAUUGCUUGUAUGAAUGGUGUAAUCCACUGUGUUUGAGAUUGUGUAUGAUAACCUGGUUUGUUUUAUGAAGCAAAAAGUCAAAGCAUUGUGAAAGCCAUGGUGUCAUUAAUGCAGUGCAGAAACUUAAAAUAGUCCAUAAAUAAAAAAAUGUUCAAGAUAUUCAAAUGGAACUUGGUAUACAUGUUCAAGAGAAUUUUCCGUCACAUUUUUUAACAUCUAUUAGGAUAGAGCUCUUAUUGACUUAUUUGACUUUUGAUGAAAUUUUAUCAUUAAAGGAAGUAUUUUGUUUGAAUUUCACAAACUUUUUUCCUGAAAAACCCUAUAAAAUGUUAAUUAUGUCCCCGUGAUUAAAACAGAAGGUUAUAUUUCAAAUAACUACUUUAAUAUCAGUUCUCCUGAGUGUUUUUAUUUCUAUCUUUUCGACAGCCACCUGCCAGAGUGAUACACCUUUUUGAUAGUCAUCUGCAAAAGUUAUGCCCCUUUUUGACAGUCACCCUCCAGAGUUAUUACCCUUUUGAUAGUCACCUGGCAGAGUUAAGCCCCUUUUUGAUAGUCAUUUGCCAUAGAUAUAACCCUUUUUAAAAGUCAAAUGUCAGAGUAAUGUCCCAUUUUGGUAGUCACCUGUCAGAGUUAUGCCCCUUGGAUGGUCAUCUUCCAGACUUAUGCCCCUUUUUUAAUAGUAACUUGCCAGAGUGUCACCCCUUGAUGAUAGUCAACUAUCAGAGUUAUGCCCCUUUAGUAUAAUCACCUGCCACAGUUACACCCCUUUAGUACACACCUGCCAGAGUAACACCCCUUUAGAAUUGUCAGAGCCCCUGAGAAGAAGAGCCCCUGUAAUAAAGUCACCUGCCAGAGUUACACCCCUUUUGGAUGGUUGACUGCCAGAUGACUGUUGAUAUUCGAUUGCAGUGCUUUUGUUCCAUAAGUGCUUCUGUGUAGGAAUUAAAAAGAAUAUUUAUAACAUUACUUUUUCAUGUUUUAUCUUGAUAUUGUUAUACAUUUUGUUUCUUUGUUUUUCUUAUAUAGUCUAUUUUCUUGUGUGUAAUGACAGGGUACAAUUGUUUGACAUGAAUUGUAAAUAGUGGGAAUAUGUUAUUUUACUAUAAGUUUAUAUUCUGUAUAUAUGAAUAUAAUUAUCUACAGCAUUAAUGCACGUUGUUAUACAAUAUUAUUAUAUAUUCAAACUUUAAAUCAAAAUUUGAUUGCAACACCUGAUGUUCUUCAUCACUACUGUUUGCUGUUUUACAUGGCAAUAUUUAAUCUUUAUUAAUCAUAUUGAAAUCAAAAUUUUACUACAAAAACACUGUUAUUUUUUAUUUCAUGCUUUUCGGUGGUUAAUUGGAAAAUAACGAAGGAUUUAAUCUUGAUAUACUUACCGUUUAAAGCAGUGAGUUAAUUAAAAUAUAAUUUCACUGUUUCUCUCAAUUAAGCCCCUUUUACUGUUAAAAAUCAAAGUAGUUCUGGGAGGAAACUCAAUAAGGUCAUUUCAUGUACCAGUCAUUUGGCUAAAAUCUAAUUUGAUUUUCCAAUUAGACCUUUGUUAUUAUUUUUCCAAUUAAACCUUUAUUAUUAUUUUUGAUGUACGAGCAUCAAAGAAAAAAUGUUUCAGCGCAAGAUUGCAAAGAUUGUUCCUCUUGAACACCAAAAGUAAAUAUGUAUAUUACAAUGGCUUUUGGUGCUCACUUGGUGAUUUGUUUUGGUACCUGAUGCUGAGGCAAGCAAUAUUAUUAUCUUCUGUAAAUUCUUUUGAUAAAUGAGACUUUUGUUGGUUGACAUUUCAGCCUUUCAGUUAAUUGCCAGCCUUGUUAGAGAUGGCGUUUUUAUUUUUCAACAUACUAGAAAACACAGUAUUAAAAUACACUAUGUUAUUCAGAAAAUCUGAUUCCUGUAGACCAUUGUGUGUUUGACAUAUUGUGGAAUUAAUAUUAAAACACACUAUGCUGGAUUGUCUGGUGUCAGUCGACUAAUGUGUUUUAAACAUAAUGUAGAAUUAAUAUUCAAACACACUAUGUUAUUCAGAUAAUCUGGUUUCAGUCCACUAAUGUGUGUUUAACAUUUAUAAUGCAGAUUUAGCAUUUUGCUUGUUUUGCUUCUUAUUUGUUCUCAGUUUUAAAAUUAGGAGAAAUUAAAAACAAUAUAUUUUGCAUCUUGCAAUUGACAUAUUUUAGCCAGUGUUGAAAGCAUUUGGAUAUAACAGAAACUUUUGGUGGUUCUACAGUAUGUUAAACACAUAAUAAGUUCAGGUUUGUUUUCCAAUCAAAGCUGAAAUGGUGAUGUUGUUACUAACUGGGCUCAGAAAUCAGCAGAUAUCGUAAUGUGUUCAUGUGAAAUGUCUGUUAACUAUAUUGCUUGUCAAUUGAAAAUAAACUAUUUGUAUA